UCGCUUCAGAAGCUUGUCAAAAGCCGGACCGCUUCACCAUAAUCUACAUUUCGGGGGCGAAAGGGAAAUAAAUACUUUCUCCAAAUAGGGGAAGAACGGGUGAGGCUGCGCCGAAAGGGGGUCGCUGUGGAGACGCGCCCAAGAUGGCGCCUGCGUCACACCCGUGCGUGCCAGUGUGCGUGUGACGACACGUCGCUUCUGGGCAUGGGCAGGUGGGAAGAGCACGGCUAAGUUUGGCUGCUGUUAGUCGGAGGAGGGAGUGGACGCUGGAGGUUGGAGUAGCUGCUGAGGAAGAGGAGGAGGAGGAGGAGGAGGAGAAGGAGGCAACAGCUGGGCAAGCCCUCCUUCUCUUUCCCUCAGCUGCUUUGGAAGAACCUGGCCUGGCCCAGCCUUUGCUCUCUUUCGUGGAGCUGGAGGAGCAGCUGUCCUUGCCAUGGCUUCUGCUGCUGCUGCUGCUUCUGCUACUGAGGACUCCAGCUCUUUGCCUUGGUCCAUCAACAAGGAUGACUAUGAGCUGCAGGAGGUGAUUGGGAGCGGAGCCACAGCCGUUGUCCAAGCAGCCUAUUGUACGCCGAAGAAAGAGAAGGUGGCCAUUAAACGGAUCAACCUUGAGAAAUGUCAGACCAGCAUGGAUGAGCUCCUGAAAGAAAUUCAAGCCAUGAGUCAGUGCCAUCAUCCAAACAUCGUUUCUUACUAUACCUCCUUUGUAGUGAAAGAUGAACUUUGGCUAGUGAUGAAGCUCCUCAGUGGAGGUUCUGUUCUGGAUGUUAUUAAACACAUUGUGGCAAAAGGGGAACAUAAGAACGGAGUCUUGGAUGAACCGGUAAUAGCUACAAUCCUGAGGGAAGUGUUGGAAGGACUGGAAUACUUGCAUAAAAACGGGCAAAUCCACAGGGACGUGAAAGCUGGAAAUAUUCUUUUCGGAGAAGAUGGCUCUGUUCAGAUUGCAGAUUUUGGUGUUAGUGCUUUUUUAGCCACUGGUGGAGACAUCACUCGAAACAAAGUGAGGAAAACCUUUGUGGGCACACCUUGCUGGAUGGCACCUGAAGUGAUGGAGCAGGUCAGAGGCUACGAUUUCAAAGCAGACAUCUGGAGUUUUGGGAUCACGGCAAUUGAGCUGGCGACAGGAGCGGCUCCUUAUCACAAAUAUCCCCCUAUGAAGGUCUUAAUGUUAACGCUGCAAAAUGACCCACCUUCACUGGAGACAGGUGUACAAGACAAGGACAUGUUGAAAAAGUAUGGAAAAUCAUUCAGGAAGAUGAUCUCAUCAUGCCUGCAAAAAGACCCCGAGAAAAGACCAACGGCAGCUGAACUUCUAAGACAUAAAUUUUUCCAGAAAGCAAAGAAUAAAGAAUUUUUACAAGAAAAAAUGCUGCAAAGAGCACCAACAAUCACUGAAAGAGCCAAAAAGGUCCGGAGAGUCCCUGGUUCCAGCGGUCGCCUUCAUAAGACGGAAGAUGGAGGCUGGGAAUGGAGCGACGAUGAGUUAGAUGAAGAGAGUGAAGAAGGCAAAGCCGCCAUUUCACAGCUCAGGUCUCCCAGAGUGAAAGAAUCAUUACAGAAUUCAGAGCUCUUCCCGUCAGCUGAGCCUACAGGUCCGUUGCUCAAUGUCCCGGCCCAAAUUCCUGCUCAACUACCUCAGCCUGCAGGCCAAGCCCCCACACAACCGUCUCCAGCUGCCCCUCUUCCAGCUUCUCAGGCACCUCCGGCGGCUCCUCCAGCAGCACAGGCACCUCCUGCCCCUGCUGCAGCCCCAGCACAAGAGGAACCGAAAGUCCCCAUCAGCCUUGUUUUAAGGUUAAGGAAUUCAAAAAAAGAACUCAAUGACAUUCGAUUUGAAUUCACGCCAGGAAGAGAUACGGCUGAUGGGGUCUCCCAGGAACUCAUCUCAGCAGGCCUUGUGGAUGGAAGAGACUUAGUAAUAGUUGCCGCCAACUUACAAAAAAUUGUGGAAGAGCCCCAGACGAAUCGAUCUGUCACUUUCAAACUGGCGUCUGGUGUCGAAGGCUCCGACAUCCCCGAUGACAGCAAGCUCAUUGGGUUUGCACAACUCAGCAUCAAUUAAAAAAGACACUCCCCUUCGACGGUCCCCAUGGGUGCAACAAUCGAGCGCUUCUGUUGGCCUAAAAGCAAAACCACUACUGCCAAAGAACCAAAUGACAGGCCCCUUUCUUAGAAGCUUUAACCUCAGUUGUUUUCCGGAUAGCAUCGCCACGUCUCCCGGUGCCACACACGCGCGCACACACACGCCCCUCGGCUUCUCAUCCACUCGCAGGCAGUUCUCGCCUUUUCCUUCAUCAGAUGUGCAGACCCAUCAUGUCCCCACCUGCAUGGUUGUAGUUUGAUUAUUGCCUUAACUAUUUAAGAAAAGCAAAGGAAGGGAGAGAGAUUGACAAAGAAAAAGUAGAUGUACUACUUAGAGUCCCAGACGGGUUUCCACGACUCUUCACUGGGUUGGUUUUGUUCUUUAGACCGAAUUGUUUUCUUUUGACCACAUAGAACUGUCACAUAACCACAGUGGCAUUUUUUUACUCAAGGCAUGCAUGUGGUUAAAGAAAAGAAGACCAUGAGUUUUCCAAACAUAAGACUGAAUUACUGCAAGAUCUUGCAAAGUCUGCAGAGAGUGAGGCUUGACAGUCUUUAAGGGGCUUAUUUGAAUUCUUUUAAGGUGCAGAUAGAUCCAUUUGCCCAAUAGUUAGCCUUAAUUUCCCUCGAAUGCAAAAAUAACUGGUGCAUUUAGAAAGUGUGGAGGGUAUUUUCUGGUUUUUCAUAAUGUUCUGUUUGCAAUCUGUGUGAAAUUCUCCAGGACCACAGCUCCAUCCUGUUGGAUAUCUGCUCUCUUAAAACUCUGCCUGUUUCUGCUGUUGUGUUGUCACAAUAGUCUCAAAAGCAGUAACAGCUAUAGGACAAGUAGAGUUUUAUGGGAUGUCUGAAACAGGUGCAUUCAUUUCUCUAACCUGGAGGGUUGCAAAUGGCACAUAGUUCAUCUCUUCCUCCAUAUCCCAUUGGCUUUUACCAGCCAUAGACACCAGUUUUCCACUAAAUUGGCAUUUCCUAUCUUACCAAGCCAGCACCUCCAUUGUGAUGAUGGGAAUGUUAAUCCAGGCAUGGGCGAAAUUCGCCCCUCAAGGUAUUUUGGACUUUAACUCCCACAAUUCCCAACAGCCAAUAGGCUGUUAGGAACUGUGUGAGUUGAAAUCAAAAAUACCUGGAGGGCUGAAGUUUGCCCAUGCCUGUGCUAAUCUGUCUGGAUUGGGAAAAGCAGAUUUACACCAUUUUUUAUAUCUGUUUGUGGGAGAUCUCUUCUGCAGAAAGAAGAAUGGGACUUUGAAGACAGUUUUUUCUAGACAUAGAAAGUUUCCCAAGAAUUUUCUUGCUGUUACUCAAAUCACUGUUUGGGUAACAGUGAGAAUGGGCCCUUCUUGUGCAUCUACACUAUUUCUGUCAAUUAGUUUCAGAUCCAAGAGUUAUAUGUGCACUAGAUUGCUGCAAUCCCAGAAUUCUUUUAAUAACAGCAUAAAGUUUCUUCAAAAUGUGUUCUCAUGGGAUUGUUUCUGCUUAUGGAACGAGACUAAGGACACAAGAAAUAUCCCUUUGCAAAGUUUGCUAGGUAUUGUUUAACUCUAGAGUAGGAGUGUGUUUCGGUGCAUAACCAUUCAUAAAACAAGACAUUCUCCCUACGUGGAUAUUACGAGCACAAGUUGAUCAUGCGGUCUGGUGACUGAAGGUAGUUUGUGUAUGUGUGUAUCUUCUGAAACAAAUCUUUCUUGGCUCUGUUUGAUUCUCCAAGAGCAUUUCACUGGUGUGUUCGAGAUAAACAUGCAUUUCUCCUUUGUAUUUUGCUUUCUUUUUCCUGCACAUACUGGUACCUAAAGAACUGCCCUUGUUCUCUUUUUACAGCAAUAAUGAUGAUGAUGAUAAUAAUAAAAAGAUUGCCAGUAGAUUCAUACAUGGCAAGAUUAAGCUCUGGACAGUUUUGUCCCUUCUGCUGCACUAAACUGCUUGGAAUUUGCAAACUUGUUUUUUUCUUUUCCUUUUUUAUACUCUCAGCUCAAGCAUCAAAGUUUGAUCAAGACAAAGCCAAUAUAGCUCACGUUUUAGUAUUUUUUUAAAAAAAGAAAUGAGUAUCUGGUGAUGUGUGUGUGUUUUUCCCUGUUUUUUUUAUUUCUACAUAUAAAUUAUACCUUUUUUAGUUGGAGCAAAGAAACACUUGUAAUGCAAUAUGUGGAUACUAAAAUGGUGUUGAUUCCGUUUCCCUCCCUGAUUAUCCCUCUUUCUCUGAGGCUGUUCUGUGUUACUUCUAAACCUUGGAAGUAUUUUAUUGCAGAUGUUACCAAACCAAUAGAAUUGGGAUCUCCAUUCAUCCUACAACCCUCAUAAUAUACACAGCAUAGUGGAAACCAUGGUUGAGGAAUUGGUUUCUAGAUUACAGAUUUUCUCCAGUUGCCCCUUUCCUCUCUCUAGUGAGAAUUAUCUAAUCCCUUUAUCAAUUUUACUUUUGCCCCAACAUUUUUAAGUAGGGCCCUGUGGUUGGUUUGAGAAACCUUGGUUUAAGGCUAAGAAAAGGGGGAGUUCAGGAGGAAAGCAUGGAUGCUGUUCCAAAGCCAUCCUCUUCACUAUGUCUUAAACCGGGGAUUGGGAACCUUCAGCUCAAUUGAAUUUUGGGGACUAUAAUUCCAACAAUGCUUUCUUUUGGAGGCUGGGAAUUGAGGUCCCAAGAAGUCAAGUGAGCCAAAGAGUCUACAUCCCUGAUUUAAGGGAGAAGUCAUAGUGGGCAGCAAUGCAUGCACAGAUACAGACCCUCAGGAUUUGGGAAAUACUGGGAGAUCUUACCAAGUAUAUUUAUGUAAUUUUCUCCCUGAAUAGUUAUGGGGAGUAUCUUUAAAAGGGAGGGAAAUGUAUUCUAAAAUAUUUCAAUCUUGUAGACGACUGCUGCAAUUGGGGAGAUGGAAGAGCUUUGGUAAAAACAGCGAUGGGGAGUAUGAGACAAUGAAUGGGGGGGGGACGGACAUUUUGCUUGGACUUUUGUGUGUGUCGGGUGUGUUGCAAGUUCAGUUGUGCUUCAUCACACAUUUCCAAGAAGUACAAACAUCUUUGUGCUCAUUGGUGCAUGAGACAGCAACUUGCAGCCUUUGAAUUCGUGAAAGCCGGGUGGGUUUAUUAAAAUGCUGGCUGUGUGAUUCUGCAAAUUGUAGUCCCCAAAAGUAACUAAAUAAAGUAAUUUGUUCAACCCAAAAACGUCAUGGGAGGGGCAAUCAUGACUAGUCCUUGGAAAACUCUCUGAGAUGGGCUUCUGACCACCAAGUGGAUGAUGGAAGUGGCCCACGGAGGCUCCACGGUGACCGCAACUUCUUGACCCCUUUCCCCACUUCUGGUGUAAUGGGAAGUCCCCGGGAGCCUGUGAUGUUAUGUCACUCAGUGGGCGGAGCUUGCCUCUGGCCCCACCCUCUUUACGGGAUGAUGUCAGAAGGGGCGGGGCUUACAGCUGGACCGACUGUUGGGGAGGGGGUCUCGAUCUUGGCCUAUGCGCCUACCCAACCCGAUCCAAUUUGCCCACCUUUUCUUCACUCGCAGAGACUUAAUUCUGGUACAGUAUUACUUCACUUUUUGCCUGCAUGCUGUGGAUACCUUGGUUGUCAUCCCUGGAGUAGACCUCCAAACUCAACCCGUGAAAUUAUGUGGACUCUAUUUAUUUACUCUCACCUCUGUCUAACCCAGGUCUAGCAGGCAAGAGUAUCCAUGCUGGCUCUUCCCCCAGUAUUUUUGUUUUUGUCAUUUUUUAUGAUCCUCAGCUACCUUCAUUAUUAGAUUUCUAGGCACAUGUCUCUUGGUGGUAGUAUGUUUUGGGAGGUUUUUAUUUUUGGCUUCGGAUACUAUUAAGUGCUAGACAACUAUUUUGUUUCUCAAAGUUCAAAAGUGCCAAUGAUGACGAUGAUUAUUAUUAUUUUGUUAAGAAAUGAUUUCUAACCUUUUUUUUUAACCCUUACGGAUCAAAGGGUUUUUAUUUUUGGGUAAAUUCUGAACUUGAAUCUAGAAAAAAAAUCAGUUGGUAUUUUUUUAAACUUAGUUAAUAUUCUUAAGGAUGACAGUGGUGUAUUAAUAUAACAGGAACUUCUACACAAUUUUGGUGUACUGUAGAUUUUAAUGAAAGAUGUAAAAUAUUCAGCCUUUUUUUUUCUUUGACUUUGUAUUUUACUGCAUGUAUUUCUCUAAUUUUUAAUCAAUAAAAAAAUUGUCCAAGG